AUGUCUCACUUUGCGACUCCUUUUAUAGUAAUUAAUUUAGGUUGUGAAAUGAUUUAUGUUAUUGACCAACGUUUAAAAACUCAAAGUGUACCUUUGGAGAAAUCUGAAAGAGUGCUAACCGAUCUCGUUACCGUAUUGUUACACCCAAAGUUGCUGGAUGAGUUAUUUUUGCCACAGCCGGUAGCAACGCACAAAGUAAUAAAACAGUUACUUCAGGAUAUAUCUGAGACAUCUAUUAUGAAACUCGACGAUUACUCCAAGAACAAAUUAUGGGAUCUAAUGACAAUGUUAUUCAAAUGGCAGCUCUCGGUAGCAACGACUCAAAAUGUUUUUGACAUUAGCAAACGACACCUAAGGAAUGUGAUGUCUUUGAUGCCGGAGUAUUUUUCGAAAUUUAUUUUUGAAAAUACACUCAACAAAUUUGAGAUUUUAAUAGAAAAAUUUUCUGAUAACGACUUUCACUGUUUGUGCACUACUUUAAUACUUUGGUUCUCAGAAUACCACACAAAGAUUUCAGUCCUUAUUAGAUUAGGUUUACAGAAAAAAGACGGAACAUUCUCAUUACCUAGUUCAAUAAAUUCAAAAAUUUUAAAGAAUCUAGGAGAAAAUGUCUAUAAAUACGAUUAUAGCAAUAAAAACAACCUGUACCAUGACAUUGAAAAUCGUUGUAUCGAAACAAAUGAAAUUAAUUGCUUAUUACCAUCGAUAGACAAAGGAUGUAAUGAAGAUAAAGUGUUAGAAUUAAAACUGCCGAUUGAUUUUCAAAACGAAGAUCAGAAACGAAAAAUAAUCACAAUUACUAAAUCCGUUGAAUAUGAAAAUAUAACAGCAUGUAUAAAACAUAGGAACAGUGAUUUAACAUAUUCACCAAAUGUUCCGAAAUCUCCUCAAGAACAUCUUUUGGAAAUGCUUAAUGAAACAUUGUAA